AUGGAGCGAAUUACCGGACAAGUAAGCAAACUGGAUCCUAAAGUCCUGGUCAAGUUAUUUCCAGAAUAUGAUCCUGAAAUACUCCAGCGAAAGUCAACACACGUGGAUGUCCUGCUGGGCUGUGAUUACUUCGGUCUCCAUCCAAAGCAAGAAGAAGCUAGAUGUGGUGACAAUCUAAGUAUCGUGAAUGGAGCAUUGGGGAUUUGCCUCCAAGGCGCCCAUCCAGAUCUGAUCGAAGAAACAAGAUAUGACAUCAAUCUCGCAAAGAAAAUACACGAUGUUAACGUGAAAGUGGAGACAUACAAGACACGCUUGGGCUCACAUCCAGAGUUCCAUCCCAACCAUACCAGAGAAUGUUCUGUUAAUGUAUCGAGUUCCUAUAGUCACCGAAAGGACGAAAGCCAGAUUGACAAUUUUAUACAAGGAGAAGAACUUGCCACCGAAAUUUCUCCACAAUGUAGUGGAUGUCGCUGUAAUAAGUGCCCUACUGUCGGACACACUUACUCUUUCAAGGAAGAACAGGAAGUAAAACUGAUUCAAGCAAACCUCGAGUACGACGAAGUAAACCAAUGCUGGAUAACCAGUUAUCCCUGGCUCGUAGAUCCACAAUGUUUACCCGACAAUUAUCACACUGCACUUGCUACGUUAGAAAGAACUGAAAGAACGCUUAAGAAAGAUGAUCAAUGGGCUAAGACGUACAAGAGCCAAAUGGACGAUAUGGUCGAUCGUUGUGUAG